AUGCUACACCGCAUCACACAAGUCUCCGCCAAAGCACUCCUCCAUACCAUAAUCACAGCAUCCCAGCGCGCCGUAGCCCGCCGCCACAACGGCCCUUACCCGGCCCUGCCGAGGCAGACCGGGGGCCGGCGGAUGAGGGGUCCGUACCCGCCACCGGCCCCAGCGGAGCCGCCGUCGCCGGGGUCCCCGUCGGUCGCCAACGCCGCCCGCGAGGGCAUCGACCUCGCCUCUAUCAUCCGCUCCUCCUCCCAGAUGUCAGCGGUGGCCGGCGUCAACGUCCUCUCGCCCGGCCACGCCAGCAACGCCGCCUCCUCCUACUCCUCCUCCUCCUCCUCCUCGACCACCACCUCCCCCGCCGCCUCCUCCGCCUACUCCGCCCAGGCCGCCCCCCACAAGCCCCAGCCCCUGGCCCCGCCCGCCGCACGGCAGCCCCAGCAGCCGACGAGACGGGAGAGCUGUCAGCUCCCCUCGCCCGCCGCCUGCCUGCUGUCCCUCUCCUCCUGCACCUCCUCCUCCUCCUCCUCCUCCUCUCCCGCCUUGUCCUCGUCGGUGUCGUCGCUGGAGCUGGAGCACGGCCAGAGGCCGAGCCGGGGGCUGUGCGAGGAGCAGGGCUCCAUGCAGCUGGGUCCCGGGGCGGGAGGUGUGCCCAGAGGAGGCUCUGACGGGCUCGGCUUGCUCAUGGAACGGGGCUAUGAUGUCCGGGGCCCGUUCCCGGACCAGGGACAACCCCACGACGGAGGCCAUAGGCUGGCUGCAGCCCUGAAACAGGAGCCCCUGGAUGACUUCUCCUCCAACGAGGACGUGCUCUUUCAGCACCACUACCACCAUCACCACCACCUUAACGGGCACAACGGCCACCGGCGUCAGCUGCAUAACUCCGCCAUGCCUCCACCCUACCACCUCCACCAGUACAUGGGCCCAGCCCCGGGGAUGCUUCACCUUCAGUCCACGGCACCCGCCCCCUCCCUGGGACCCAAGUCCUCCGCUAGGGGCCCAGCUAGAUCUCACUCAGACCCCGAGAGAGACGAGCUCGCCGGGCCUGUCCCCGCGGACCGGCAGGUUUGUCGCUGGAUUGACUGCAGUGCUGCUUAUGACCAGCAGGAGGAACUAGUGAGGCACAUCGAAAAGGUGCACAUUGACCAGCGCAAAGGAGAGGACUUCACCUGCUUCUGGGCCGGCUGCAUCCGCCGCUACAAGCCGUUUAACGCCCGCUACAAGCUCCUCAUCCACAUGAGGGUCCACUCUGGGGAGAAACCCAACAAGUGCAUGUUCGAGGGCUGCAACAAGGCCUUCUCCCGCCUGGAGAACCUGAAGAUCCACCUGCGCAGCCACACGGGGGAGAAGCCCUACCUGUGCCAGCACCCCGGCUGCCAGAAGGCCUUCAGCAACUCCAGCGACCGCGCCAAACACCAGCGCACCCACCUGGACACGAAACCGUACGCGUGUCAGAUCCCCGGCUGCACCAAGCGCUACACCGACCCGAGCUCGCUGCGCAAACACGUCAAGAUCCACUCGGCCAAAGAGCAGCAGGUGCGUCGAAAGCUGCGGCCCUGCCCACAUCUCGACCAGGACCUCCUGAGUGACUGCCUGUCCAUCCAGCACCUGCAGGGCUCCAACCCCGCGUCCCAGCACCUGCACUGCCCCCCCGACCCACAGCACCUGUACAAAGACCUGCGCUCCCCCGGACUGGGCCAGGACAUCUUCACAGGCCUGUACACUGGCUCCAGCACGCCCCACCAUUGUCCCUCGCUGGAGCUGGGGUCCACCGCGCCGGCCCCUUGUCCUGCCCCCGAGAUGACCUCCAGGCUGGCUCGGCUGGACCCGGACCUCCACAGCCCCCACCACCUCUCACCCCUGGCUGCCCUGGAAGGCACGCGCGAAGGGCUCUCCGGUCCCCUACUCUCCCCAGGAAUGAAGGCGACAGGGACCCAGUCUCCGACGGCGCUGGACAAGCAGAACAUCCACCCCCAGCACAAACCCUACUCCAGCUACCCUCACCCACCCUGUGCCAACGACGACUACCAGGGCAGCUUCCAGAGUUGCUUCCAUUUUGGAGACGCGUACAGGAUGGAGCAGGCGGUCGGCGGCGGCCACGUCCUGGCCGACUCUCACAACUACCCCUCCCAUCAGCCCAAUGGCUUCCACAUGUCCUCCAGCAACACCACCACGGGUUGCUCUGCAGGCUUCGGGCUGACCCAGGGCCUCCAGGGCGCCGGCGGGUGCCAGUUCUCCUCCAGCCCAGAGGAGAGCAUCUUCUUCCAAGUGGGCAGCUUCGACCGGAGCCUAAGCCACAUGUCCUCCUCGGUGUACACGGAGACAUGAGAGAGGGGCCGACCUGGCACUCCCAGGCCCCGGCACGGAGUGCCGUACUCCCUCCAGGAUGCCUCUUAACACGCAAUACUUGUCUUAAUGCACUAGUCCCUGUCGUCUCUUCUUUGUUCCCUUCCAAACAUGAGUCAAUGGGUUGCUCCCAAAAGCCUUUUGCUUUGGCCUCUUUCGGUAUAGCGUACGAACGUUCUAGCCGGGUUUGAGACAAUAACAUCAAUAAGGUUUAAAAUAGCUCAAACAAUUUUGUAUGCUUGCCGUGACACUAAAUUGCCUCCAUGCAAACAAUCUCGAUCUGGUGCUUUCACUAGAUUAGAUCAAAUGUUUUUUUAUGAAAUGUUCCGAUAUUAUGUGAUGAGUAAUCCAGUUCAUGUUGAUUGUUCCUGUUUGCAAUGGACUGUUAUCUCAAUGAUGUUUAUAAGUAUUGGCGGUCCAAAGCUCUAUUGUCAUGUAGCAUUUUCCUCUUUUUGCUUUAUGUAUCGAGUUGCAACACAAUGAGAAAAAAUAGGGACGGAUUUAACGACAUCCACUCCCUCUCUUUCUCGCUCAAUAUCGUUCAAUCAUUUCAAGGCUGAUGUGUAGAAAGAAAUCUAUAUUUUUGCUGUGUUGUUUUAUCAGUGUAAAAUAAGUGGUUUGCCGUUAAAUUUGUUUUGUUGAGUUAUCUGGAUAUGUUAUGUAAUGUCUGGAGGAGAAUAUGGGUUAAUCAAUUAUAUGUUGCAUUAAACCUUAAACCCAAUCUAUUUUAUCAUGUGUACAAAAUGUACAGUUUGUUUAAAAUGUUUUGAAUGUUUGUCAUUUCCCAAUGAUUAAUUAAUAAAUGUAUAAUUAUGCAAAAUGUCUCCCUUUAUUUAAAUCUGUGACACAUUGUAUGAAAGCAUAAUAAUAAAGCCAUAUCUCGAAA